AUGACCACAAAAUGGAGAAGGAUGUUGUGGAAAUCUGGCGUUUAUCUUGUUACAAUAGGAAUGUUGAUUGCACUUCUUAUGGGCCUAAACAUGUCAUGGUGUGCGAUUACUGCUGCACUUGCACUAGUUGUUCUUGAUUUCAAGGAUGCUCGGCCAAGCCUAGAAAAGGUAUCCUAUUAUCUUUUAAUUUUCUUCUGUGGUAUGUUUAUAACUGUGGAUGGCUUCAACAAAACCGGCAUUCCAAGCGCUUUUUGGGACUUCAUGGAGCCCCAUGCAAAAAUUGAUCAUGUUGGCGGGAUAGUAGUUCUUGCUGUUAGCAUACUUCUACUAUCAAAUGUGGCCUCAAAUGUGCCAACUGUUCUCUUGCUUGGAGGACGAGUGGCAGCAUCCGCUGCUUUAAUAUCAGUAGCGGAUGAGAAGAAGGCAUGGCUGCUUCUAGCUUGGGUGAGCACGGUUGCAGGAAACCUCUCACUUUUGGGAUCAGCAGCCAACUUGAUAAUUAUGAGAAAUAUGCCUUCAUGGUGGGGGAAGUCGUCGUCCAAAGAAGCAAAAAAGAAGUCAGGGGGAAAGGAAAGUUUCAUUGAUUCAUUGCAUCGGAAAUUCAAAUUUUCAUCUGAAAGUAGAGUGAAUAGUAGAUCUGGAGGGUCUCGAAGACCAUGUAGUGAUGCCCUUUCAGAAAAGGGGUCUCGAUCUCCUCUAGAAUCAAGAUCUCCUUCACCCUCCAAACAAGUUGCAAGAACUCAAAGUUUUGCAGAAAGGAGUAUUGCUCAACCACUUCCACUUCCUGGUCAACAUCCUGCUCAUGUGGGACGUACAGAUUCUGGGCUUAGUAUAUCACCAAAGCCAAGAUCACAGAAAAGCUCUAAGCCAUCAUUGUUUCUACCUCUCCCGAGACCUCGGUGCAUUGGUGGGAGGCCAAAUUGUACCGAGUUUGAUGGAGAUAUGAAUACUGGUUCAGUUUCCAGUGAAACCUCUGUUGAUAGUGAAUAUCCAGUUGACUCAGGUCACCGUAGUCCUCAGGCAAUUGACUAUGAAACUGGAACUAGAACUGCAGUGGGCAGUCCUUCCAGUUCAACGUUCAAGGAUCAAACCUUCAGUGUUGCCCCAGUAAUCUCAAGAGAGGCAAAAAAACCAUCCAACAUAUCAUUCAGCAAUCAAGUUUCCCCGACAUCGCCAAAACGAAGACCCUUGAGCAGUCAUGUGCCAAAUCUCCAGGUUCCUUUUCAAGGAGCUUUCUGGAGUGCUCCUGACAGCUCCAUGUCGAGUCCUUCUAGAAGUCCAAUGAGAGCAUUUGGAACUGAGCAAGCCGUGAACUCUGCUUUCUGGGCUGCAAAAACGUAUACAGAUGUCACCAUUGCAGGAUCUGGCCACGGCUCCAGUCCAGGUUCUGGUCACAAUUCUGGACAUAAUUCAAUGGGAGGGGAUAUGUCGGGACAGUUGUUUUGGCAGCAAAGCAGGGGUAGCCCUGAGUAUUCUCCAGUACCUAGUCCCAGAAUGACAAGCCCUGGCCCAGGCUCAAGAAUUCAUAGUGGUGCUGUUACACCUAUUCAUCCUAGAGCAGGUGGGGCUCUCAAUGAUUCGCAGACAGGCUGGCCUGAUGAUGGGAAACAACAAAGUCACCGUUUGCCUCUUCCUCCAGUAACGAUUUCAAAUGCAUCACCCUUUUCUCAUUCGAAUUCAGCAGCAACAUCUCCUUCUGUGCCACGAAGUCCUGGACGGGCAGAAACUCCAGCGAGCCCUGGUUCUCGGUGGAAAAAGGGAAAGCUGCUGGGUAGAGGCACAUUUGGACAUGUUUAUGUCGGUUUUAAUAGUGAAAGCGGCGAAAUGUGUGCAAUGAAGGAAGUCACAUUAUUUUCUGAUGAUGCAAAGUCUAAGGAAAGUGCAAAGCAAUUGAUGCAGGAAAUCACUUUAUUGAGCCGUUUACGGCAUCCAAACAUAGUGCAGUAUUAUGGGUCUGAAUCAGUUGGUGACAAGCUGUAUAUAUAUUUGGAGUAUGUAUCUGGUGGUUCUAUAUAUAAACUUCUCCAAGACUAUGGGCAAUUCGGUGAACUUGCAAUUCGUAGUUAUACUCAACAAAUCUUGUCAGGGCUCGCAUAUUUGCAUAAUAAAAAUACCGUCCACAGGGAUAUUAAAGGAGCAAACAUACUUGUAGACCCAAAUGGCCGUGUCAAGUUGGCAGAUUUUGGGAUGGCAAAGCAUAUUACUGGGCAGUCAUGCCCUUUAUCAUUUAAGGGAAGUCCUUACUGGAUGGCACCUGAGGUUAUAAAAAACUCAAGUGGUGCCAACCUUGCUGUGGAUAUAUGGAGUCUUGGGUGCACUGUUUUGGAAAUGGCUACGACAAAACCACCUUGGAGCCAGUAUGAAGGGGUUGCUGCCAUGUUUAAGAUUGGAAAUAGCAAGGAACUGCCAGCAAUUCCAGAUCACCUCUUGGACGAUGGAAAAGAUUUCAUAAGGCAAUGCUUACAGCGAAAUCCACUUCAUCGUCCUACUGCUGCCCAGCUCUUGGAGCAUCCUUUUGUAAAAUAUGCAGCACCUUUGGCAAGACUUAUAGUGGGCCCCGAGCCUUCUGAUUCACCCGCUGGGGUUGCAAAUGGAGUGAAAUCUCUGGGCAUUGGGCAAGCAAGAAAUUUCUCCAAUUUGGAUUCAGAUAGGCUUGCAAUUCACUCGUCUAGAGUUUCAAAAACUCAUCACCAUACCAGUGAGAUCCAUAUUCCAAGGAACAUAUCAUGCCCCGUGUCACCCAUUGGAAGCCCUCUAUUGUACUCCAGGUCACCACCUCACUUAAAUGGAAGAAUGUCACCGUCUCCUAUAUCUAGCCCGCGGACCACUUCGGGCUCAUCCACGCCUCUCACUGGUGGCAAUGGUGCCAUUCCAUUUAUUCACCUUAAACAGUCUAUAAAUUUUCAAGAGGGUUUCGGAGGCAUUUCAAAUUCCUCAAAUGGUCUCUAUGGUAAUGGCCCCUCCUAUCACGAUUCAUCUCCUGACAUGUUUCGAGGGAAGCAACCAGGGUCUCCCAUCUUCUCAGAACUGGUGCCUUCUGAAAAUGAUGUUCUGGCAAAACAGUUUGGAAGGCCUGCACAUACAGAGCAGUACAAUGGACAGUCAGUUUUGGCUGAUCGGGUGUCUCGCCAACUCCUUAAGGAUCAUGUUAAGAUGAACAGACUGGAUUUAAGUCCCAAGUCUCCUUUGACUAGCCGGACAAAUGGUGUCUGACUUAUUUUCAUGGACCCACCAUUCAGAUCAAGCUGUCAAGCUAUGAAGCUAUCAGACCGGUUUUUGAAUAUACCGGAUCAAUUACCCAUCACUUUGGACUGCAAAGGAAGUGUAUUUGCAAAAUAAGGAUCCAAUGCAGAACAAAUGUGGAAUAAGGUUGAAGCUCUGGAAAGAAAAGGUGAGUGGAAGCAGAUAACUCUGUCUGCAUUGUUUAGUUUUCAACCAUCUAGCACUUGCUCAGCUAUGCCGUGGGACGAAAACUGAUUCUGGAGUUAUGCAUAUGAAGCUCACUUCCUGACAUAUAAUAAACUCAUGUAGUACAUAUAAAAUGAUGCGGCUUUGACUUGUAUAGUUGAGUGCUUGACUGAUUGGAGGUAUGACUAGGAGAUUGAGCCUGACAUAGAUGGCUUCUGAUGAUCCAUUUUGAUGUGGUCCUUCCGUGAGAAUAACUCGAGGCAGCAAGAAGUGUAUAUUUUGAGAUGUUCAUAUAGAGAAAAGGCAAAGCUAAGAGGUAAUACCAUUAGCUUUUGAACCAUUUUUUGGGGGUAUGAAACUGCUGUACAAAAGAUGGGAGACUGAAUUUGGCUCCAGGUUAACGAAAGAGUUAGUCCGGUAGUUUUGAAGACUGUAAAUUCUGUUCUCGACAUUGUCAGUCAUUGUGGGCUCAUGUAACAUUUUAUACUGUUGAACCUGAUUUGCUGUAUAACUUGUAUGUUCUGUACAUCUCACAUUCUCACCAGUCAAGAAGAAAUCUAACUACAUGGUCCUAUAUUUUCUCCGAGUUC